UAGAGGUAUGUAAUCGGCUUGCUCAUAUAUGCCUCCUGCCUAUCGGGCUCCCCCUUUGCUUGUCAGGUGCUCCGUCGUCCUCUUUCCUUCUCCCUGCUUUGCUCUGCUAGCAAAGUUGACACCUAAGUCUUUUUUCGACUUGCGAGCAUGGCGUCCGCUCAAGGCACUCCGCCGCCGCCGCGCUCGGCACCCUAUCCGCCAGAGACGUGGGCGCUUGGCGGGCAGGUGCAAGAAAACCCCGAUAUCCCCAUCACGGCCGUACUGCUGGCCUUUUAUGUCGUUGGCGCCGCGAGCCACAUGACCAUCUUCCAGAAGAACCGCUUCCGCGGCCACAAGUUCAUCAUGUCGGUGCUCAUGUUCGGCUUCUGCAUGUGCCGUAUCGUGACGUGCAGCCUGCGCAUCGCGUCGGCGAAAAAUCCACGCAAUAUACGACUUGCCAUUGCGGCGCAGAUAUUCGUUGCGGCCGGCGUGCUGCUCGUCUACGUGAUCAACCUGCUCUUCGCGCAGCGCCUCAUCCGCGCCCAGCACCCUCGCUGGGGCUGGUCAUUGCCCUUCUCGCUCUUCUUCAAGGCCAACUACUUCCUCAUUAUCUCGUCGCUGGCCAUGGUCAUCACCGUCACCGUCCAGUCCUUUUACACCCGCAGCAUCAACACGCACCGCAUCGACCGCGACAUCCAGCUGUACGUCGCGACGUACUUUGCCUUUGUGGCGUUUCUGCCCAUCCCGCUCGUCGUGCUCGGCCUCGUCGUGCCGCGCAAAACGCGCAUUGAGAAGUUCGGCUCGGGCCGCUGGCGCACGAAGCUGGCCGUGCUGCUCACGUCGUCAUUUAUUGUCUCUCUAGGCGCCUGCUACCGCUGCGGGACGGCAUACCUACCGCCAGUGCGCCGUGCUACCGCGCCCCUCCCGGCAUACUACUCCAAGGCCGCUUUCUACGUCUUCAACUUCGUGCUCGAGAUCCUCGUCAUCUACCUCUACAUAUUCCUGCGCAUAGACCGCCGCUUCCACAUCCCCAACGGCGCCCGCGGCCCCGGCAGCUACGUCGUCCAAGCCAAGCCGGGCGCGAACGCCGAACUGCUGCCCAAGCGUGGCAUCCUGCUCACGGGCAAGAAGCACGACAGCGUACAGAGCGGGCUCGACCGGCCAGGGACAGGCGUAUCAAGCGCGACGACGACGGGCGGCACAGGCGUCUACACCGAAGAAGAAACCUUUGACGACCUGCCGCCGCCGCCGCCGCUGCCCCUGCUGCUCAGCCAACAGCACGGCCACGGCCACACCCACGGCCACACCCACCCCGCCCUCAAGCUCCGCACCCAUGAUGUCGAAAAACGCCGCGCCGGCAGCGGGGGCGCAGGAGCCCGCAACGACGUCGAGGCCCAGCUGCUGCCGCCAUCAGAGCCACAGAGCGCCAUCUCCGGCACCACGGCCGCGCUCUCAAAAGACCACCUCCUGCUCCCGGAGUCCCCGGCCCCCGCACACGUCAAGCCCUCAGCCCUGCACGACGUACCGCCCGUUCCGCCACUGCCGCCACAAGCGCUCGCAGCAGCAGCGGCAGCGGGGACAGCAACAUCAGCGCCGACCGCAGCUCCCACAGCAGCAGCAGCAGCAGCAGAAGACGCCGCGGCGGCCGCCGCCAAGCUCGACCGCGUCGUCGACAUCCUGCUGGGCCUGGACGCGCGCCUCGCGCACCUGGAAGCCGCGCCCGCACGGCAGCAAUCCGCGCUCGACCCACUACUGGAGCGGCUGGCGGCACGGCUGGCGCGCCUGGAGCGCACCGAGGAAGAAGAGCAGCAGCAGCAACACGCGCGCCAGCGCGCCUCCUCAACCUACAGCUCCGCGCACUCGUCAGGCUCGCCAUUUGCGCGGCCCGCCGCGCUCGCAACCGCGCGGCCAGCACGCUCCCCUGACCCCAUGGGAAUGGGAAAUGACUUCAAUGGCAGCACGAACCCCUUCUUCGCGGGUACGCGCUACGACGACACCGCGCUGCUCCACCGCCUCGAGCACCGCCUCUCUGCGCUCGAGACCUGGGCGGCGCCGCCCCCUCCUCCUCCUCCUCCUCCUCCUCCUCCUCCUCCUUUUUCGGCUGGCCACGCAAACCUCGCCGCGCUGCAGGCGCUGACGGCACGGCUGGAGCGCAUCGAAGCGGGCGCGGGCGCGGGUGCGGGUGCGGCGGCCCUGCCACAGCACCACCAGCAACAGCAGCAACAACAACACCAGCCCGAAUGGCGGUCCUCGCUCUUCUCGCCCGGGCCUGGGGACGUCGGGCUAGCGCUUAUGGGCGGGGAUGGGACGGGUGCACUGGGUGUGGAGGGGGGCGAGAGGCGCACCAGCGGCAGCGUCAACAGCAAUAGCGCUACUGCUAGUGGCAGUGAUAGUCUUGGUGGCGGCAGUACGAGCGGCACCGGCAGCAACGACACGACGGUGCCGGUUUCGCUGGCGCAGCUGCAGCUGCAGCACGAGCGGGAUAGGGAGCGUGAGCGAGGGAGAGAGAGGGACGUGGGUGUAGGUGCGGGUGCGCAGACGUUCCAUCCGUACCGUCAGGGCCAUAGCCAGAGCCAUAGCCUGCCUCAGCAGCAGCAGCAGCAGCAGCAGCAGCAGCAACCGCAGGUGUACGAGGCGUAUGCGCCGGAGCGGCGUGUGGUGCAGGAGACGGAGCAGGAGCAGGAUGAGCAUGAGCAGGAGCAGUAUCGGCAGUAUUUGAGGUAUUUGAGACCGGGUUCUGAGGGAGAUGGGGAUGGGGAUGGGGAUGGGCGUAGGAGUAGUGAGGAGGGCGAGAGGGGGAGGCGGAGGGAGAGGGAGAGGGAGGAUGAGUAGGUGAGUGAGUGAGUGGAUGGUCACUGCUGGUUUGGGUGGUGCCGUGGUUCUUGUAUAUGCUUAUUUUUUAUUUGUUUUUAUUCUUGGACAUUAUUCUCUAUCUGUCUACGGUGCAGAUCCGGUUGGGUUGGGCUUUGUCCAUGCCAUGUACAUAGACGGCCAUGAAGCUAGGCA